AUGCGAAUUUCGAUUGCGGUGCUCAUUGGAUUACAUCUACUUGAAAUCGUACACUCAUUAUUCUUUCCAUCAUUGGGAUUUGGUUCUCCGUGUCACUGUCAAACAUCUUGCAAUGCUCCACCUCCAUCAUCAGCUUGUCUUUGUGCUCCACCUCCAUGUGCCCAAUCAUCACAGUCCUCAUUUCCUUCAUUUCUUCCAUAUCGCACUCAACCGCUAGCUCCGGCGCAGUACAUCCCGCAGAACUACGCGAUUCCACAGCCGCAAUCUCUGCCACCACCGCCGCCGCCACCAGCGCCACCGCAAAUUUUGGUGGCGCCACAACGGCAGCAGUUUGGAUAUGAAUCGCAGCAACAGGCUGCGUAUGUACAAUCUCAGCAACCACAGCAGCCUAGUUUUGAAAAUCAGCAAUCAUCACUACAACGCGUUCAAUUACAACCACCGUCAAAAGUCGAACUUCAAUAUGUGAAUCAGCUGAUGACGGUGUUUGAUGGCUCGAAAGAAACUACAACAACCGAAUCUUACAAUCCGGAAUCCUUGUCAAGAACGAGAAUCGAGGUUCAUCCGAGUCAAGAACAAAUCGAUAAAGGAAAUACAGUCACAGAUGAUGUAAAUGAAGUUCAACCGGAAGUGCUGGUCGCGCCAGCUUAUAUUCCACAUUCGGAGUUCAAUGGGAGCAAUGAGCUUCGAACCACUGAGCUCAAAUUAACUCAAACUCCAUUUGAGGAGGUUAAUGAGGAAGAAAAUAAAUCUAAUUCUCUUCAUAACAAUGAAUACAAUCCGGCCACAUCGCCUGUAGCGGCUGCAUCGAGCACGGAGAACUACGAGCCAGCCAGCACGACUCAAGUGCAACCAAGUUUUUAUACCUCGGAGCAAAGACCCUCUUCUUCUCUUCCACCAAUUUCUCUUGAAUAUAUGACCGAAGAAAAGAAGACGAAUGGUUAUAUGAUCGACCAUAGGUAUGAGAUUGAUCAAUUCAAACAAGAAGUCGACAAAUAUCAUAGCAAGCUUGAUUAUGAUGAGGAAGAAGCGUCAGAAAAUAUUCCGGAUAUUUCGGAACCGAAAAAAGCAAAUGAGAAGGUGGCCAAGUGCAACAGCUCAAGACUCAAAAAUGCGAUGCAUAAGAAAAUGACAAUUUCACCAUCCAUCUCGAAACAAAUGAUUUAUUCGGCGGCGUCCGAACUUUUUCCGGGCCGAAAUGUGAACGUGAUCUGUUCGCGACACUCAUUCUCAUACAUCGUCGUCACUUCGCCGGUGUUCUGCGAACAUCGCAAACGACCGAUCACCUGUUUCGCGUUCUUCCAGCCGUAA